AUGGCGCUCUUGGCGCUCUGGCUGUGCCUGGCCUCGCGGGGCGGCGGCGGGGUCGCGGCGGGGGCCUGCGCGCCCUGCCAACCCGAGCUGUGCGUGGCGGCGCGCUGCGCGGCGCCCGAGCUGACGGCGCGGGACGAGUGCGGCUGCUGCGAGCGCUGCCUGAGCGCCGAGGGCGAGCGCUGCGGCGGGGCGAGGGGCGCUCGCUGCGGCCCGGGGCUGGUGUGCGUCAGUCAGCGCCCGGCUGAGGUCCAGGCCGGAGGAGGAGGAGGAGGCGAGGAAGAAGAAGAAGAGGGCACCGGGCGCUGCGUCUGCAAGGAGGACGGCGCCGUCUGCGGCUCGGACGGGCGCUCCUACAGCAGCGUCUGCGCCCUGCACCUGCACAGCUGGCGCGCCCUGCACGGCGGCCGGGAGCGCGUCCGCAAGGCGCACGACGGCGAGUGCAAGCUGGCUCCUGCUAUUAUUGUGCCACCAAAAAGGAUUCACAAUGUUACUGGAGCCCAGGUCUACCUGUCCUGUGAAGUGAAAGCAGUCCCAACACCCAUCAUCACUUGGAAAAAGGUCACGGAGUCCCCAAAGGGAGUCAAACUCCUUGAAGAGUUGCCUGGGGACAGAGUCAACGUGGCUGUCCAGGUUCGAGGGGGUCCUUCGAAACAUGAGAGCACAGGCUGGGUUUUGAUUAAUCCCCUGACAAAAGAAGACGAGGGCGUUUACCAGUGUCUUGCUACAAAUAUGGUGGGAGAAACACAGGCCGAAGGGAAUAUCAAAGUCUUAGAGCAAAGUAAAAAUAAGGCUCAUUUCUCACUGUCAGAUGACAUGAAGUAGCAAGG